CUUCGCAGGGCCUUGCGAUCGGCCAGGGACGUCCUCGGCGCGAUGACCAUCGAGCCCAUGUUGUUCUUGAAGGGCGUGUCCCUGGAGGCUUCCUUGGCGCCAAUCGAAAACCUCAAACUCGACCGGUACUGCCGCGUGAGGCUGGGGUACCCCGGCGACGUGUGCGAAGACAUGAACGACGGCCACCACGAGACGGUGCAGGUGGAAGCGCAGAAGCUGGUUAACGUCUUUAACUUCUACGACAAACUGAUCUCGAGCAUCAUCCCGGUCCUGAUGAUCUCGUUCAUCGCUUCCUGGAGCGACCGCACGGGGCGGAGGGCGCCCAUUCUCUUGUCGAUCUUCGGCACCACGCUCUCGUCUUGCACCUAUCUCUUGGUUUCUCUCUUCCCUUCGUGGCCGCCCGAGGCUCUUUAUGUGGCCUCGUUCUGCUCCUCCCUAGGAGGGGGGUGGCCUUUGUUCUACAUGGCCGCCUACAGCUACAUCACAGACAAGUCCGAGGAACAGGCGCGAACGCCCGCAGGGACAGCGACAGGAACCCUCAUCUAUCACGCAGGAGGGUACUCGUGGGUCAUUGGUUUCAGCGCCGCGCUGUACGCAGCUUGCUUCGUCUACUCCUUCUUCGUCGUCAAAGAUAACGACAAACCGGGAGGAGCCAAUGAAGAUCUCCCCAAACAAAGAAGUCCGUUCAGUCCAAAGAACGUCUCGGACUUAUUUCGCGCCUGCUUGAGAGAACGGCGGGGGAACGGCAGGCUACACAUCUUCCUCCUAGUGGCCAUGAUGCUCGCGUUCUUCUGCACGUUCAUGCACAACCUGUAUCUAUGGGCGCUGAGGGUCCUCCAAUGGGACAUAUACUCUUACACCGUCUACAAGGUAUUCAACGACGUGGGUGCGGCGGUCAUGAUGCUCUGCUCGACUCCUGUCUUUGUACAUUUCCGUCUGCACGACUGUUCCGUGGGAGCAGUGACCGCGAUGCUUGUGUUCAGUCGACUCCUGGCGCUGGCCAUGACGACUGGUCCCGGAGAGUGGUGGAUUCCUUUCAUCUUCAUCUUGAUUCCCACGGAUUUGACCAGCAUCGCUAUCAGGAGUCAGAUCUCGAAGGUUCGUAUCAAAUAA